AGCUGCUGCUGGUUUCCUGCUGAGUCUCCACUCUGUCGCUUCACUCUGUCUCUCUCCGACACUCAACAGAUUCCACAAGUUCCAGAGCCGGGGAAACCUCGACAUUUCGGCAGGUGGAGUGGUGUUGAGGAACUCAGUGAGACUGCAGGCAUCAUGGUGACCAUCCCAGAAUACUAUGCAGGGAAAAAUGUCCUGAUCACCGGGGCAACAGGCUUCAUGGGCAAGGUGCUUCUGGAGAAGCUGCUGAGGUCUUGCCCUGGAGUCAAAUCUGUCUAUGUAAUGGUCAGGUCAAAAGCUGGUCAGAGCCCUCAGACCCGCAUUACUGAAAUGAUCAACUGCAAGUUGUUUGAGAAGGUGCAAGAGGAGCAGCCAGACUUUGCAGAGAAGAUCAUUGCAGUGAGCAGCGACUUGGUACUGCCGGAGCUGGAUCUCAGUAAAGAUGAUCAGAGCAUCUUGGCUGAAAAGAUUCAUGUUGUUUUCCAUUGUGCUGCCACCAUCCGCUUUAACGAGGCCCUCAAAGAUGCAAUGCAGCUGAAUGUCCUGGCCACCCAAAAGAUGCUGGCACUGGCCCACAGGAUGAAACAUCUGGAGGUGUUCCUUCAUGUCUCCACAGCCUACGCCAACUGUAACAGAGAGCUCAUUGAGGAAGUCGUCUACCCUCCCGCGGUAGACUACCGCAAGCUCAUUGAUUCUCUGGACUGGAUGGAUGACGAGCUGGUGUCUGCACUGACCCCAAAGCUGCUCGGGGAGCGUCCCAACACCUACACCUACACCAAAGCCUUGGCUGAGUACAUGGUGCAGCAGGAGGCGGGAGACCUAAAUGUCGCCAUCAUCAGACCUUCCAUAGUGGGAGCCAGCUGGAAGGAGCCCUUCCCAGGUUGGAUUGAUAACUUCAAUGGACCGAGUGGAAUAUUUAUUGCAGCUGGAAAGGGGAUCCUUCGAACAAUGAGGGCUUCUAAUGAUGCUGUUGCUGACCUGGUUCCUGUGGACGUGGUCAUCAAUGCUACAGUGGCAGCAGCGUGGUACUCUGGAUCACAGACACACAGCAGACCCAGAAACCUUCUGGUUUACAACUGCACCACUGGUGGGAUCAACCCGUUUCACUGGGGGGAAGUUGAGCACCAUGUAAUAUCCACAUUCAAGAGGAACCCCCUUGAGCAGGCCUUCCGUCGGCCCAAUGUAAAUCUUACCUCCAAUCACCUUAUCAAUCAGUACUGGAUCGCCGUGAGCCACAAGGCUCCGGCCUUCCUCUAUGAUCUGUACCUCAGGCUGAUUGGACGAGAGCCCAGGAUGAUGAAGACCAUCACCCGCCUCCACAAAGCCAUGAUGGUCCUGGAGUAUUUCACCAGUCACUCCUGGGUGUGGAACAAUGACAACCUUUCCAUGCUGAUGGCCCAGCUGAGCCUCGAGGAUAAGAAGGUGUUUAAUUUUGAUGUCCGCCAGCUGCAUUGGGCAGAGUACAUGGAAAAUUACUGUAUGGGCACUAAGAAAUACGUCCUCAACGAAGAGCUUUCCGGCCUGCCUGCUGCACGCAAACACCUCAACAAGCUGAGGAACAUCCGCUACACCUUCAACACCGUCCUGGUGGUGCUCAUCUGGCGUGUCUUCAUCGCCCGAUCACAGAUGGCCAGAAACAUCUGGUACUUUGUGGUGAGCCUCUGCUUCAAAUUCCUCUCCUACUUCCGAGCUUCCUCCACCAUGAGAUAAUGAGACUAGGACUCGGGCCUGUGGAUGAUAGCUUCCUGAGUUAAAGCCCAUAAAAUGAUACCCGGCUGUCUUGCCCCAUGUUUCCCCUGACACUGAACCAUUAAUCUCAUGAAGACAGACUACUGGAUCAGCCUGGGGUCCACACUGGACUAAGUGUCUCAUUUCUCAGAUCUAUUUCUCCUGACCAUAAGAUGCAUGGAUCUAUCUCUCAGUGUAUAACGUUCAUACCAAACACACUUGGACUGUUUACAGACAGUGGACCAAAUGCCCUCAGUCUGUUCAUUUCCAGUCAAACCAGUCCCCCUCUGGAACCAGCUUCACUCUUGCAGUCUUUAAGCUCCAUGGCAUCCAAACCUGCUCAGUCUGAUCUGUCCGCUCAUCUGGCCGCCUGCAAUACAAAACUAUGCAUUGGAUCGUUUUAAAAACCCUCAGUUGGUUUUGAGUCAAUCCCAGCUUCCCUUUGUUGUCUUUCAUUCAGCAGUUAACUUCAACUGCUGAUGAAGUCAUUUUUCUACCCGAAAACAUAAGGCCAUUUUUCUUUCUUGUUUUUUUUUUCAUCCCUUGAAGUUUGUGUGUUCUCGCCUUAACAAGAAUGUAUGAUAAGCACACCUCUCUUGGUUUUUCAUCUGAUAGUAGCUUUUGCUAGGCAAAGCAUAGACUACUCUCAGUUUGGCAUUGGAGCUGGUUUUGUAUAGGUUGUUGGUGGCAGAUGAGUGAUGACGUGUUCAGGGACAACCUGGCUGUAGAUUUUUUUUUUUUUUUUAACUCUGUUUUGCUCCCCCCCCCCAUCUCUUUCCCAAGACCAAAGCCAUUUCAAACGAUGUUUAUAACAGUGUACACACAGAUGCCCGUUUGUAAGGAGAAAGAUAUCAAUGCAGGGUUUGGGGGUUGGCUUAUACUCGGCUAAAGCCCAUUUUGAUUUGUCGUUGAUUCUACCUGCUAGACCCUCAUCAACAGUGUACUCUCGUAUGUCCCCCGUGAACUGCAGUGAGUGCUUAUCUUUUUUUGCAACCAAGCACAAUGUUUAUUGUAAUAAAAUGGCUUUAUCCAGUGCCUGCAAACGAAUCAUUCUCCGCAGAUUUUUAAAAAUUAAGCUGCUUCUUCUUCUACAGUUUCCUUUUUUAUGUUUAAAAUUCACCUGUUACAGUCUUUAACUUGUUUUUGCCAAAAGAAAUACCUCUUUGUUUCAAAAAAAAGAGGAUGAGACAGGUGGAGUUGAGAGGUACAAUAUUUCUGAUUUGGAUUAACUGUUUAUGGUUGAGAAUUGAAAUGCUCUUAGUACUGGAAGAUGUAUUAGGACAUGAAAACACUCUGUCUUUUUUUUCUAAAUUGUUUAUUGCAAUACAGAAUGCAGGUUUUUUUUGACGAUCCCAUGUUGUUCGUACUGUAAAACUCAGUACUGUUGCCUUCAUCAUCCAUUGUUUUCACUUUUUUUUUUUCUCCCUCAUAUGUAACUCGGGUUGAGAAGCCUAAAUGUUCUUUCAAUGUUGCACUGCUGUAAUCUGUUUUUGCAAAUAAUAUAAACCUCGGGAAUCAGGCGACUUAUCAUAAAGUCAAGACUGAGAAGAAAAUGUAGAAAAAUCCAUAUGAGCUUCAGUUCACAUUUAAAGGUAAACAUUUGAUAUCUCAUUGGCUAAGUUUAUAACAUUUAACAUAUAACACUGUUGAGUCUGUUACACAACAUGAUAGGACUUCACUUCCUGCCAUUCUGUUAUGUUAGCUUGCUUGCUAAUGUUUGCUAAUGUUUGGCGUAUUGCUUACAUUGGCUCAGCUGUCUGUUCCCAAUGGUUUAGACAAGUAAAUAUUUAUGAUAAAAUGUGGCCUCAAAGUCCCUCCUGAUUUUCACUAACACACGUACAUUGUACAUUUAGUAGCUGAUGAUAUAGGAAAUGGUUAAAGUUCAACAAGUGGUUUGAUUCUCUGCAUCUAUUCAGUUGACAAACUUGGAACCAUGCCUUCAACGCUGGGCAGCAUUUAAGCUUCCUGCCACCUUGUCAGCAGUGUACGUUUUGUCUGUUACAUGAAAUUAUGAAUUUCACAUUAAAUGUCUUUUUUUCAUGUAUCUUUGUUACCAUGUUAAGUCGUUGCUUAUCAUACCUGGGGUUUUCCUGUGCACUUUGUAAUCAUUGUCAUGUCUGUUACCUGUUUACGGAGCACACUACAAUGUUUUUAAAAAAGCAGGGUGUUACUGUACAGUGUGCCGAUACUUAGUUCUGUUUGCAUGUAACUUUCGAGAGUGUCUUAGGAAUGUGAUUUUGUGUCUUCUUUGACUCUCACAGCAUGAGCCAUUUUCCAAAGGAUCAUGUGAGAUGGUUGAAUAAGAACGUUUUGGAGAGACGUGUGCAAGUGUAAAUCGUGCCUGAACUUUUUUCAAUAUUCAAAACAUUGAAAAAAGAGAGCAAUCAGAUCUAUGUUUUCUAAUCAUUUGUGUACAGCUCUAUUUAGGUAGACUUCAUAAUAUACAGAAACAGGUUUAUUUUUAUGCUAAUAACAUUGUGUUGCUUUUUUAUUGACAUGCUCUUUGAACCAACUUCAGCUGCUGUAAAUAAUACUUAAAAAAGUAAAUGUGUAAAAAAAAAAAAAAAAAAUAAGCAUCUUGCAGCAUCUUGAGCGCUAAAUAUAACUCUUACAAGUUGUUUGACUUUUACAGUGUAUGUACAUGUACUUACUUUCUCUGAAUGUAAAAAGAAAACAGCCUGACUCUCCUCUGACUUCUUGAAUAAGAAUUUAACAUUACUAUAAUUGCCUGUAAUUUUAAUAUACAUUGGAAUGCUGUUUACAGUUGUAACUCUGCAGGAUGAGGAUGUAAGUCUGUUUGUGAUGGGAAAAGAAUAGAUUAUCGUUUUUUGGUGGUACACUCCAGCCCUGCAUUUUUUUUGUGCAGAUGUUUAUGACAAAACUCGUAUCUAACUUUUGCAACAACAAAAAAAAUUAUGCAGAUGUUAAAUGUAGUCCAAUUAUAUCCGUAUCAAUAAGGAAACAGAUCUCUCAAACAUGCAUACCAAAACUCUGCUAUUCUGCAUAUCUGGACUGAGAGUAUGUUUAGAUCCUAUUUGAUCGACACUGGCCUGACCUGUGAUCAGGUUUUGAGGUUAUCAGGUUAAAUCCAGAUUGGUGCAAACCAGCAUCAACAAAUUGCAUCCAAAUGCAUAAAUUCCUCUGAGCAUACCAAAACGUUUCAACUGACGGUAAAAUGAAACCAUGACGAGCAAAUACAGGAGAACAACAGGCAGCAAUCAUAGAGGAUGCAGGAUGUGAUCAUAGAUACUGGGAGAAUGUGAGGGGAUUGAUAUAUGAAUUGAAGCUGAUGAACUAAAUGCUUUCUGUUAAUAGAUUUUUUUUAAAUUAACUAGAUUGAUGCCCUGUUGUUAUCAUUAAGAAACAAACCUGUCUGUUUGUUUCAGAUUAAAUGGCCUGUGUAUCGAUCACUUACACCAAAGGGGAAGUGGUGGUUUUAACUCUUGCUGUAUCGACUUUUGUGGUUUUUAAUGGCUCAACAGUUAUGCUUCUUUUGACAUUGUUAAAACAACAUGGCUUCCUAUGCUUAAGCUGGUCCAAGGUUUCCUCUGAGCUUCUGAUGGCUUUCAGACUUGUUACAGUGUCCAUGUUGUUUUUUGUGAUGUUCAUAUACUGUGUUUUUUUUAUGUUUGUGUUUUUUGAGCUGACUUAUUUUUUUGUUUGUAUUUUUUUUUUUUUUACAUCACUAAUACUUUGAGCGGGGGGGGGGAUAAGCACAGGUCACUGUGUUCACUGUCAGAAGGAAGAAAGGAGUUGUAACAGAAAAACAAUAAUUCAAAGAGUGCCUUGAGUUUGUACACCAAAAAGUGUGAAUAAACUGUUUAAUCCUC